AUGUCCUCUAGAGCUCUAAGGAAAUUAAAAGGUGGGUACUGUACAGUUUUAAGUAAUUUACACUUUCAAGUAUUUAAUGACGUGUUUUUGAAGUUUUGAAUGCGUAUAAAUGACUAUUUUUAGCAUGUUUUUGAUGGUGUUUAUAUAUGGACAUAUGGUGUAAUUGUCUUGGUGGCUUUAAAUGUUACAGGAGAUCAGAUAGAUAGUUAGACACUUCUAGAGCAAGAAAAUUAAACCAGAUCUCUCAAUUCUAUUUUAUAUUUGUCAUCAAACACAAGUCCAUCACAUAAAAUGAAAAUAAUUAAGUUGAAUUAACAUGGUUAUUUUCUUACUGUAGAGGCCCUGUUAGGGUGAGUAUGCAUGUCGUUCAUCUAAUUUUCAAAACAAUGUACUGUCGCCACUUGAAAACAUUGCUAUGUCGCUUUUGGAAUUUCGGUAUUGUUUUCAUUCUCUGUACAAUUUAGACAGAGUUUGUGUCCAGUGUCGUUAUUUCAUUGUUUAUAUGUUGCCAUUUUAAAGCAAUGUCACCUGUCAGAAUUUACCCUAACUUGGCCUCACUGUACGAUAGUGUUGGGUGAAACACACCUCGCAAGCAAGGGCCUCCACACCCGCGGUGGUACGGAGGCCCUUGCUUGCGAGGUCCGAGUCUAUUACUUGGGUACAGCUUGGUAAAGUGAAAAUAUUCUUCAAAGGUCAAGAUGAGCUGGAAGUUGCUGCAGAAGAUUUAGAAGAGGAUGAUUUAUUAGUGAGUUCACAAAAAUCUCGUAGAAAGAACAAGAACUCGUCUGAGAGAAGCAAUGCAUUUGAUGUGGUAGGUUGCUAAUCAGUUAUACUGUAGGCCUUUUGAACCCCAGAAAGACACCUCAAUAAGAUUUGCCUAGGAAAAUGCAUUGGUGAGCAAGCCUAUUAUAUAUAGGGUAACAGUGGGGCCCAGGUACAUGUAUUUUUUUGCUAACCCUGUACUAGCCCUAUAACCUUGACAUUAAAUCUAAUGCUAACUCUAGCCUCUGCCCUAGCCUUAAUCUUAUAGUAAUCUUAAUAUAUGAAUCUCAGAGUGGCUAAUCAAUAUGAGGAUUAUGAGCCAUGAGCCUGAGAGUGGCUUGGUACAAAUUUCCGAAAUAUCAACAAUUCUCACACCAGAAUUGGUGCAGAAUUGGUCAAUUAUGUUCCUUCAAAUGUUUUGCAUUUUUUUAAAAAUGUUCUUGAAUGUUCUCAGAUAUCUUAUUGAAGACUGUUCAAAUGAACUCUGCAGUCUGAUUCUUAUAUAAUAAUCAAGAUUGAUGUUUCAUGUAGUUGCUAAAUGGUGAUGAGGAUUGUGUAGUUGAUGAAUUAUCUGAAGAUGACGAAACUGAUGGUAAACCUGUCAACAAUGAUGAAAAGGAAAACCAGAGUAGCGGAAUAAACAAUAAACCAGCACCUAGGAGUAAAAAGAAAGCCAAGAAAAAGAAGAAAAAAGGAAAAACAAUUGAUGAUUCAAAUGUUCAAAAAGAUGUGAGUCAUCAAUAAAAAUAAGUUGAUAUGAAAAUCUUAGUCAGACAAAUAAUUGUGAGACUAAGGGGCUGGUUAUAUGAACGUCGGGCUGACCCUGGUAAGCAGGAUGAUUUCCUCUUGUGUUUAUAUGAGAAAAUUUCAUCCUGCUUGCUGGGACAAUUUUGUCGUUUUGACAAAAUUCUAAAGUGCCAUCUUCAGUUAGAUUUUUGCUUGUCUGAACAGGAGGAGAUAUUUUCAUGUCAAUUUAAAUAAUGUUUCAAAUGUUUAAGGAAGAUGAGGAUUUUCUAUCAUGGCAAUCUGAGGUUCCAUCAAAUCUUACAGGUUAGAAGUAAAGCCAAGUGUGUGAUUAUGGUUUUCCCCAAAUACUGCGAUUAACUUCCCAAAACAUCUCCAAUAUACCCCCUACAGUGCCACCAGAAGUCUCCCCCCUUCUCCAAAUACCCUGCAAAAUAUUGUCCAAAACCAAAAUAUUGUCCUCCCAAAAAUAUUCUGUAAAACCCCAGAGAAUUCCCUGUAAUGCCCCCCCUGACUAACCCAGACAACCCUCACCCCUGUAAAAUUAAAAGUCUCCUUGAACAAUCCUCAAAAUGCAAGAAUAUAUCUCCCAUCUUUGUCCAACCCCCCCCAAUUUCAUUCUCUAAUUUUACUCUCUGCUAUGUCCCCAUUUUAACAGGAGCAACGUCUGUCAAUCACGAUGGAAUGAACACGAAACCAUUGCUAAUGAUUGAACACAGGUAAAGAUUUCUUGAUUCAGUAUGGAAAACAUUUAAAAAGCAGAAAGUUUCACCAGCACGUUUUUUGCAUAAUGUGAUUUGUGUCCGUUACAGGAAUCUAAAUGCUGAAAAUGAAUUAUGUCGAAAAUUUGGUUCGCGAAUUGUACGAGGCGAUAGAGGGUUAGUGUGCUUAAACUCAGCCAUUUAUAAUAAAGACCUUUGAUUUAAAUACACUGUUGUUUGAAUGUCUUGAUCUAAACAAUGAACUUUAAUUAAUGGAGAUUAAUUUAUGUUUGAUCAGAUAACAGCUAGAUUUGUUCAGAGUCAGGAAAUCUUGCGAGCUUCGCAAUUUUAAGCACUUUAUUGUAUAUACAGCUUUUGAACUGUGGUAUUUUUAUUUUGAACAGACGACAAAAUCAUCGCAGAACCCAACGUGCAACGUGGUAAAUAUCCUUUCUUUUAACCUGACUUUCCAUUUCCCAUUUCUAUAAACUGUGAUUAUUUCAAGGAUUAGGCAACGCGUUAGGUAUUAGAAUUACGGUUAGGAAUGGAUUAGAGGAAAAAAGAUUAGAUUUUAGAGAUAGGAAAAAAGUUAGAGAAAAGGUAACUGAUUUCAUAAGGAGACUAUAUUUUUUACGAAGUUGCUAACAUUAUGGAAAUUGACUUGUCUAUAGGUUAAUAAACCCUCGUGACAACUGGCCUAAAGUUGGAAAAUCAGGAAUUCAGAUGAAAUUAUUGCGCAUUAAAGAUGGGUGAGUAUAUAUAGUGUCAAGACUGAAUGUAGCGAGUCCCUUGAUUAUUAUGAGGUAAUCUUACCCCGGUUUUCCACUAGCGAAUUUUCUCGCGCGAAGCGACCUUUUUCCUUUGUCGGUAUCACUUGUUACGUCAGCAAGACGUGGCAAAAUGGAUGCUGACAAAGGAGAAAGGUCGCUUCUCGCGAAAAAAUUCGCUAGUGGAAAACCGGCUUUACACCACAACAGAUCAUUAUGAUCUGAAGACAAUGAUACGAUGUUGACUGUUUUUAAUAUACGUUGGUCCAUUUCCACUCAAGAAAAUUUUCCGCGGAAAGAAAAGUUUGUAAAAUGUGAUUGGCUGACACGAAUUUUUCGCCCCCAAAAAAUUUUGAAGUUCAACUUUUAACACUGAUAUUUUCGGAAAAUUUUCUGUCUGUGGAAAAUUUUCUCGAGUGAAAAUGGCCAUUAAGUUUUAGAAAUACUCUUAUAAAAUCAACCCUCCAAAUUAAGAUAAUCUUUUUUAUAUAGUUUGUUGUCGAAUGUUGGAAUGUUGCAAGAUUUUCUGUUUGUUUGUUUUUAGGUAUUCAUACUUUGCGUUCGAGCACACCCCGUCUUAUCAAACUAUUCAGUUUAAGUUCUUGGAUGCUGUGGAAUCUAUGGACCCAAACAAUAUUUCGGUAAGAAUAAUUCAGUACAGUACCUUUCUUGGUUUGUGUCUGAACUAUCUAAAACACUAUAUAUAUAUGUAAGUGUAACUGCUUUUUAUUUCGCCAUAUUUAGGGAAUCCUCAGUGUGUAUGGUUAUCACAUCGACUCGCUACUGCAGUUAAGUGAAGUUUGUAAGAUGGCCGAAGAUCAUCAAAUGGCAGCCGAACUUGUGGGUAGGUUUUGAUUAUCGAACUUUUGCAGAUCUGUUUCAGGUUGGGCAAUAGAUUAUGAAAAACUUCACAAAUGCUGAAAAUUACAGGAAACUAAACUACAUCGAUCUAUUUCUAUAUAGUUGCUUCGAAAUGAAAAUAACGAUGAAAAUAAUUAACAUAACGCUUAACCCCUAUCACCUGAGACCAGUUGUUCGAAGCUGAAUCAGCGCUAAUCCUGGGUUAAAAUUUAACCUGCUGUUUUAGUUUAUAUAUUUCUGGGCGUCUGUUUAUUUCAAAACUUCAGAGAAGAAAACUCUACUGAUCCAGACAGGAAAUAUUUCCAAAUUUAUAGAAAUAAAUGAACUGUUGCAUGGGAAACUUGUAUGUAUCACCCAUGCAUUAUUUUAUUUUGUAGAGCGAGCACUGUACUGUUUUGAAUGUAGUUUUCAUCCGUUGUUUAAUGUGACGCAAGGAAAAUCAAGAAUGGAAUAUAAAAAUGCUGAAAACAGGUACCCUUUAUACUGUACUUCACGUAUUUAACUCAGUUACUUAAUAUUAAUAAAUAUUACUUUGUGUCACUUUUUUAGACCAUUUUUCUUGGCGUUAUUUCACCAUCUAAAGUUCGUUGGUCAAAAAGGUAAAAUUGUAUUCUCACCUUAGAGUCGUCCAAAACUAUAGUUAGUUGAAAAUAUAUGGGUAAUGGGUAGAAAUGUUUGGAUGAAAUUUAUUGCACUUGAAGCUGAAAACGGUAUAGCAACUAUGUUUAAAUUGCUGUAGUAAUAUUGUGUCAACGUAUAUAUUUUCUGUUAUUCAGGGUGCUACAGAACUGCGCUUGAGUUAUGCAAACUGUUGUUAAGGUAUUGUUGACCAAUUUUCGACCAAGUCCUUUCUCCUUUCUUCUGAAGAAUAAAAGAAACAAUUUCCUGUGUUUCUAAUUUUGUUCAUUGGUGUUCGUUCCCAGUCUCUCUCCAGACGAAGACCCUCUCUGUGUGCUCUUGAUGAUGGAUUUCUACGCAUUGCAUUCUGGGGAAUAUGAUUUUCUUAUCAGACUUUACGAUGAGUGGGAGGUACGGAGAUGCUUGUGGAUGUUUUUAAAAUUAUUUUUUGUACACGGGUUAGGGUGUUGGUUGCACAGAUAUUGGAACAAACGAGGGAUGACCCUUAAUUAAUAGAUAGUUCUAUCAAUAUAAAUAAAGUUUAGUUUAGUUUAGGUUUCCUCCUGUAGUAACACUGGUUCAAUAAGAGAUGAUCCUUACUGGACCUCUAGGGAGAACAGUUUAGAACUGAUAUAGCUAUCCAGUAUAAAUAAAGUUAGUUUAGUUUAGGUUUCCUCCUGUAGUAACACUGGAUCAAUGAGAGAUGAUCCUUACUGGACCUCUAGGAAGAACAGUUUAGAACUGGUAGAGCUAUUAACAUUUCUUUCAUUUCACAGGCUCACAAGAACUUAUCCCAACUUCCUAAUUUUGCAUUCUCCAUUGCCUUGGCUCAUUUUCAUCGCUCAAAAGUUAACAAUUGUGUGGCAACGGCUGACGAGCUGGUACGAGUAUAUACGAAGUUUGUAUGGAUGUAAAUAUUACCAUUAUUAACUAUAAUACAUAUAUGUUUUUAUUUUACAGAUACAGAAAGCUUUGAUCAAUUUUCCUUCGGUAAGCUUUAGAGCUCGUGAGUUUUUAAGAGAAACGGUUAGGGUCAAUAUUCCACACUGUCCACCUCAAUUUCAUUACAGUCGUGAUCGUAUUUUCUUGCAUGUUUUAGGCGCUGAUGGCUCUGUUGGAUAAAUGUGCCAUUGCUCUUGAUGCGGCCAUGAUGAAUCAUCCUUUCUUUGGAAUAGCUUCACAUGCAAGGUUAGGAAAUAUCAUUAUAUGGUGCGGACGUUCAAUAGUUCUUCGUUGACAUUUUAAUUUUUGGUUUCUAGCGAAUCGAUUGGUUUGAAACAACUGAUUGCUUUAUUUGUUGGAAGAACAUUUUCUGAGUGGAAAGACCCAGAGGUAGGAAAUUAAUUCAGUCAAUAGCGGACGAAAAGUGUGAGGGGGGGGGGUGCAGAUUUAGGUUGCCUACAUAAUCAACAUAUUCUGUCCCUUUUGUUGUUGCAAAUUUCAGUUCUCGUCUCGAAAGGAUAUAAGGCUUUCUUGGUGGCAAAGAUCUUGUUACAACAUAGUUACUUAGUCUAUUUGCUAUCUUUCAGAGGCUUUACAAUAUUGAUGGGUGUAUUGCCUCCUUAGUGUCCGCCAUUGUCAGGUUAAUAUGUACAAAUUGUUUAUUUUUAAACCAAGCAAUUAUUGUCGCAGGUUGUUGAUUGGUUAGCGAGAAACGUGAGAAUAGUUUUGACAAAGGUGGAUAAAAAAGAUCCGUAUGCAAAUGAAUGUGAAGAAAAGUAAGUAAAAAAAUCUUUGAUAUUUCUUUUCUCUCAUGUCCUGGUCAAACGAGAACAAGACUUGCAAGAGAGUGGACUGGAUAUUACCACGCGCGAAAACGCUCAUCAACUCUCAUCAAAAUUUGAACCAGCACAAAGUCAUUGAGAGUUGAUGAGAGUUGUUUCACCGAGGCUUAACAGAAUCCUCAACAAUAAAUUUUUUUGCAGACGUAAAGUUCGUUAUCAAGGAACGCCAAGAAAUAUAUACAGACAUAUUAUUUUAUCAGGUAAUCUCUCUUUCCCGCGCUGUUUGCACAAACUGCUGUAUAUGCACUCUCAUGGUGUAAUAACUCAAGAUUUUUAGUUGUACCUGACUGGUACUCCACUGACUUUAAAUCAAACCUCGCUCACAGAGCUGAAAAGCACGUUGCUACUCAUGACUUUAGUUAAUUCAGGGUUCGUACAAAACUCGAAAGUCCUUGAAUGUCCUUGAAUUUGAAAACAAAAUUUCAAGGUCUUGAAUAUCCUUGAAUUUGUAAAGAAGUACUUGAAAGUCCUUAAAUUUUUCUUGCCUUAGUUUUUGGAUAUUUUCUGAAAUUGUUUGACAUUCAAAACGGUCAUUUUGUUGAAUUGAUUUUGCAUGUCCAUAUCUGACAAAGCUGUUUGAAACUCAUUAAAGUUGCGUUUUGAAUAAUUCAACGUCAGAUUGAAUUCUUCAAAACCUUUGAUUUCAACCCACCCAACAAAUUGAUUUCAACCCUUUAUCUUCAGUAUUUAGUCCUUGAAUUUGCUGAUACAUGGCCUUGGAUGUCCUUGAAAAGUCAUUGAAUUGGACUUUUCCUGACAUGUACUGUACGAACCCUGUUAAUUGUAUGAAUGUUUAUUGCAGAUAUAAAGGAAGCUUCUACGUCUUUACCUGUGGUACGUUUUUUAAAUUCGAAAGUGAAAGUGUAUUUUUCGCAUGCGACCCUCGGUUUGUUUGUACAUAUAUCAAAGUUGGUAUUGAAAUAUUGUUUCUCUUCAAAAAGGAAUUGACGAUCUCUCCAGUGAUGUCGUAUGACCCACUUCCUCCUGUGGACUCAGUUGCUGGUUACACAAGGCCUGAAAGGUGGGAUCAACAGCUUUCUUCUCUGGUUCAGUUGCUAAAUCUGGAUUUACUGGAUAGCUCUUUCAGUUCUAAACUCGUUGUAUCCGUCGGAGGUUGUAGCAAGCACAGUUUAAUCUGUUGUUUUCCUUACAGAACACGCAGAGGACCACAAGACACCAAUGCCAUGGCAGAAUUCUUAAGAUCUCUUUGGCCGUCCUAUUCUCUAACUGUAAGUAAACCAAAGUAAAUCUGUCACAAGUUGUUAUAUUAUACAUGCCUUAAGUUGUUGUGUAUAGUGUUAAAUCUUUUCCUUAUUUCUAGUAGUCGACGUUUUUUCUUGCUUCUAUGAAAGCCCCCCAUACGGUCAACAAGUUUUUCUUGACCAGUUUUGUUGCCUCGUGUUAAACAUUUAUCUCACGUCGAGAUCGCCUUUUGUUUGGCAAAACUAUAGAAGUAUUUCUUAAGCAAAUAAAACUUGUCUUGAAAAUGUGCCCGUCUGCUGAAACCGCACAAUUCUGAUUUCUUCCUAGCCCCCAGGCAAUGGGUUGGAGGACAUCGGUGACGAUCGUGUACACGCGGAGAUUCCAGGAGCAGAAGGAGACGCUAGUGGUAAUCUGACACGAGGUGUUGAACAUUUGAUGACUGCUAUGAGAGAAUUAUUGAACACGAUGACGUAUCGUGGGGAUCUCGAGGACGGUAGGAGUGAUGAGGAGGAAGGAUGGGAGUGAAUUGGGAUAAUGAGGGGAAACUGUAAAAAGAUUCGCGCCAUCCAUUUUGUGUUUUGCAUAUAGCCAUAAUACACAGUUGUACUUUGAGCAACUUUUUAGGUUCGGUGAUCACAGUAGGAAUUUUGCUUCGGUAAAUGGACCAUAUUAUGCAAAUGUAAUAUAAUAAAUUUUGAUCUUAGACAAAAAUUUCAUCACAGCUUGAAAGAGCAUCACAAAAUUAGUAAUAUUCCAAAGUUUCGUUGGGAAAUGUUGUAAAGUGCGGAUAAUAUAGCAUUGCGAAGUUUGCCGUUUUUCAGUCAUUUUGCAUUACGCGGGGGAAAUUGACAGCCCAAUACCCUUUGGGGCUGUCAAUUUCCCGUUUGUAAUACAAAAUGACUGAAGAACGGCAAACUUCGCAAUGCUAUAUUAUCCGCACUUUACAACAUUUCCCAACGAAACUUUGGAAUAUUACUAAUUUUGUGAUGCUCUUUCAAGCUGUGAUGAAAUUUUUAUCUAGACUUGUUUAGAUCAAAAUUUAGUCUAUAAUGCAAAUGGUCCAUUCUAAGUUUUGAAGGAUCUGUAAGAAAUGUUUGAAGGAACUUACUCACUUAGUUCCCUGAAACAUUUCUUUACAAAUCCUUCAAAAUUUAGAAUCUAUCCAUGCAAAAUUCCUACUGUGAUGACAGAAACUUUGAUAGUGUCAGCCAGGCUUUUGUAUAUUUAUAUCGCAUUCCAGUUCUAUUGUGGCUAUAUGAACAACGGAAAUGGAUGAUUGAACAUUUGAAUACUUUGGUAUGCAAAUGAUUCUGCAAUAUAUCCUCACGUAGAACGCCUCGGGUUUUAAGUACAGUACGAAAGAGUUACCUGGUGGGAUUUGUGUGAAAAUAAGUUUUUGCACCAGUGAUCUCUAUUUAUAACUGGAGUAAGAAAAUGAAAGAAAGGAUAAAGUAAAAAUAAUAAAGCAAUGCACAUUGCAAAUUGAACUACCGCAAGAAAUAUGCAAAGUCUGCUUUGCAUCGUAAAUAUUGACAUAGAAUAUGUGGAAUAGUCAUGUCUAUUCUGUGAUAUUGAUUAUGCGCAUAAAAGUGGACAUCCUUUUCCGGUCAAAUCAGUCUUGGAAAUUUCCGGUCAAAUUCUGGGAACGACAUGAUGUAACAAUAAAUAAACAGUAAAUAGAAGGUCUGAUACACUACAGAACAGACGAAGUGUAGCGAAACGAAAGUUGCAGGAAUUGUAGUAUUUUUUCCAUACAAGAUGUUUCUCUGAUUUCUGGAGGAUGUCUUACGUUCCGUUCAGAGGCUUUGGUAAGUUGCGUUAAUAUAUUUAACAGUUGAAUGACGGAAAUUUCAAACAGUUAAUAUAUGUGGCAAGCCGGCGCUUUCCUACACAUUUCUUGCUUAGGCAUUUCACAAUUUUACAGUUAUUUUAUAUCAAACAGCAUACAGCUGCCAUUGUUGAAAUAUUUACUACUAGAAGUAGAAUAAAAAGGGCCUAUUCUUCAAAAGUCGCUUAGCUUUAAUAAUCCUAGGUUAAUUUACGAAAAACUUCAAAGCAAUCUUUCCAACAAAGGCAACAGGUUAUUUUAUAUUAACAUGGAAAUAUUUUUUUUUACAAAUCUGUCUUAAUAUCAAUAGAACUUUUUGACAUAAGCGGAAAAUUGCUGGUGCAUCCAAAAUUAAAAGGUGGUUUAAAUUGUAAAGGCCCCAGAUGUUUACAAAACCUGCAAAGUGAAACUGAAGUAAUUUGUAAAAUGUAGGCGUGUGAGUUAUGUUUGCUUCCUGCUAGUUGACUUAGUUGAUACAAAAUAUUUGCAUUGCAUGGCGUCAUUGGCAUUUUGAAUGAAGAAGUACUGUAUUGGAUGUGAAAUAUUUUGCAUCUUGGAACAUUUGUCUUUUUGAAUCGACUUUAGAAUCGAUAAAGUACAGCUGUAAUGUUGUGGACGUUUAUACGUCAAUUUUAUCUUCAUAUUCCCAUAGACCACAGACACAAAAAUCUAUUCUGUGCCACAGAAUACCAAAUCGUUAAAAGUAGGUACAUUUGUGUACAAGUCCUAGCCAAAGUUUCCAGGUAAACUCUCUCAUAGGGAUAAGAUAAUAAAACGAAUAUUUGACCACAGGGAAGACAUUGGCAUUGCAAACAGGUACAUUAUUAUAAUGUAGUGUAUUUACUGUCGUUCCAAUUGAAGUGUUCCUCAAAUAUUGAUUCAAUACAUUACCUCGGGCUGACCAAUUCAUUUGAUCAAGUUCCUCGAAAUAUUCAUACACUUCCUAGUAUAAUUGUAAACUUCCUGUUGAAUAGUUUGAAUGCACUAAUCACCUUUGUUGUUUGUGAAACUAACCAAUCAUAAAUAGAAAGGAAGUGACCAGAAAUGAUCAAAUUCUUGGAAUUGGCACUUUCACAGGAAGUGUAUGAAUAUCUCGAGGAACUUGAUCAAAUGAAUUGGUCAGCCCGAGGUAAUGUAUUGAAUCAAUAUUUGAGGAACACUUCAAUUGGAACGACAGUAAAGGUUUGUAAUCCAGACAUUUUAUUAUUGUGCAAAUUAGCAUGGAUGUUCUCUGCAUGAUUAUAUAAAAUGUUUUCAACUUCCAUCUCAAAAAUCUAAACAUUUAACUUUACUUAAAUUAGUUUUAUAUUUAACGAAUAUAAAACAUUUUGUGUUGAUAUACAGUUAUAUCAACACAAGUGGAAAUUGGGAAAAUGAGAAAUUGUGUAGAAUUUCACACAAUUUCGAGUUUUCCCAAUUUCCACGAGUGUUGAUAUAACUGUAUAUCAAUACGGAAAAGUUUUAUAUUAUUUUUAAUAAUAUAGCACGGAGAAAUAUAAAGAAAGAAUUUUUCUGUGUUGACAUUGAGUUAUAUCAACACGACUUCUAGACAACCAGCGUUAAAAUUUACAAAUGCUAUAUUAUAAUAGUUUAUAAGCUAGUUUUUGUUGAAGAAACAUUUUUAUAUGCCUCCAUCUAUAUUCUCAGGGAAUAACAGGAGGGGCCGGGGCGGGGGCCAGAGACGCAAUGUCAACGAACAAGGCAGGAUAGGAAGUGGCCGGUUUGCUGGCAGUGAUGAACGAGGCGAUCGAAAUGAAGGCAGGCCAAGUUAUGGAGGAGCAUCUCGUGGAAAUGGUCGGAGCGAGCAAGGUAGAGCGAAGAAGGAAGAUGUCAAAAACUUUCAAAGUCCUGGUGGGGAUGAUAGAAGGAAAUCUCACAAACCAUCACCUCUACAUUUUCAAAAGUUAAGAAGAAUGCUUGCUGCUGAUCCAACUGAUGCGGUGUUGGAUUUGCUCAAACAUGAAGAACAACUUCAACAUGUCCUCGAUGAUCCACAUAUCAGGGAUGAUUUCCUUGAACUCUUGCUUGAGAUCUUGGCAAAGGUAAUUAGUAAUAUUUCAGCAAUUAGUUAAUUAGGUAUUAAGUAAUUGGUUAAAUUUAGUUACUAAGUCAUUAGUUAAUUAGUUAGUAAAUAAUUAGUCAGAGUUAAUUAUUAAUUAAGUUAUUAGUUAAUUAGUUAUUAGGUAAUUAGUUAAAUAUAGUUACUGAUAAUUAGUUAAUUAUUAAUUAAAUAAUUAGUUAUAAUUAUUUGUUAAGUCAUUAGUUAUUAGCUUAUUAGUUAAUUAAGUAAUUAGUUAUCAGGUAAAUAUUAGUUAAAUUUAGUUACUAAUCAUUAGUUAACUAGUUAGAGUUAAUUAAUUAAUUAAUUAUUUAUUAAGUUAUUAGUUAAUUAGUUAUAAUUAAUUAUUAAGUCAUUAGUAUUAGUUAAUUAGUAAUUAGUUAUUUAGUCGCUAGUUAAUUAGUUAUUUUGCAGUCAGUUAACUAGUUAUUCCUUAAUUAUUAGAUAUAUGUUGUAUAUUUUACCCCAUUUUGACUGUGCUGGAAUUCCUGCUGUGUGGAAUUGCAAAGUUCAUUUUAAAAUCAUUAGUGUAACUUAUUUUCUAAAACUUUGUUAUCUUUCCUGUUUGUCAAGAUUUUCGAGUUUGUUUGAUAUGCAAAAUGUGACUUAAAUGAAGUCACACUGCAUAAUGAAUUUUUAGAAAGAAAACGUUUCCUUGUCAAACAUGUGAUAAUCCCACUGACAUUGAAAGUUAUAUACUUUAAGAACUAUCAACGCUAUCUUUUCGUGUGCAAAUUUGAGUUAAUGACAAUUUUAUCAAGCUAAAAACAGUCUUCUGUAAAAUACAUUAUGCAGUGUGACGUCAUUUAAGUCAUAUUUGCAUGCCAAACAAAGUCCAAUAUCUUGAUAUACAGGAAAUCUAACAAACUUUUAGAAAAACUUACAUUAUGAUUUUAAAUGAACUUUGCAAUUCAAUCAUAAAAAAAUCUUGCAUAGGCACUUUAAUUACGGUUCCAAAUCAUCCAGUCUCAUAUGAACAAAGUCUUAACUCUCGACUUUUGUUCCUCAGGUGUAUGAUACCCACAUGAAAGAGAAUUUGAUGAAGAUUAUGGCGCUGUUUCCAAACACUGUGUUUCUCCGUGCACCUCUGUCACGCUAUAUCAUGCAGCUACCAAUGAAGAGAAGAAACACACCAGAAAAACACGUCAAAAACAUCAUUUUGUUCUUUGAUCAACUGCUACGAAGGUUUCCUGAUAAUUAUGCUGAGAUUCCACUGGAUUCUCUUGUUGUUGCGUCUAUGAGCCUUGAGCACAACGUGCAAAUCUCAACACAAGUACAGGUUGGUUGAGGAUUGUUACUAACCUAAGUAAUAAAGUUCAUCUCGACCCAUCUCUGCCAGUAUACAGUAGGUAGUAGCAAUAAUAAGAAACUGGGAUUGAUAAGGAGUAUAGACACCUCACCUCAAGGGUUGUUAAUCAUCCUUCCGUGUGGCUGAUUGUUGAAUUAUGAAGGGCUCAGCUCAAUAGUGACCGAUGGAAGGCUUACUAGGACGCUUUCGACUGCCUCCAUAUAUCUGAUCACUGAGCAAAGCUAAAGGUGGAAGGGAUAGUUUUUGGUGAGGGAGGAAAACCCGAAGCAAAGGAGUUAGAUAUCAGUGGACAACUUGCAUGUUAGACUAAAUUUUAAUCUAAGUAAAGGGAAGGGAAUCGAACACCACAGCUAAAAAGAACAUAAUGAAAUUAGUAAAAUUGCACAAUUUGGUUGCAAAAUGUUGUAAAGCUUGGAGUUUUUAAGCACAUCAAGUGAGAGGAGGGUAGUCAUCCAGUCACAGAAUAACAAUUCAACCAUGAGAAGUCCCACUCGACAUAUCAAAAAGCUGAUUACACUUGUUUAGCGAUCUGGAAACGAGUGCGUUGUAUAAAUUUGUAUAGCUUGGCCGCACUCGUUUCAGGUAACUAAACAAGUGCAAUGUGGAGAGUGGAGCUUCUGGUUAAAUUGUUAUUCUGUGAUCUAGUCUAAAGAAUACCCUAUCCUCCACCCGCUGUAGCAGGUUUUACCCUAACCAUUUGUGCACAUGUGCUAUCCAAUCACAACAAUGUUGACCCUUGUCUAAAUAUCUUAUCUUGUCAACCUACAGGCGCUGGUGAGCACGAGACAACGUAUUAUUGAAAAGAAAUCAAAGUCUCGUUCUAAAGGAAAGAAAGAAGAAGCAGAGGAGCCGAAACCUCCUGAUGAUUUCCGAGAAAUCUCCAUCUAUCCGACAGCCGAUGAUCUUGAAGUAGAUAAAAAAGUUUUUCUGAGAAAGAAUAUCGUCGAAGGCAAGUAUCAAGAUGUCUCGCACUACCUUGACGUGCAGUUCCGACUCCUACGCGAAGAUUUCAUCGGACCACUCCGUGAAGGCGUGAACGAAAUAGCGCAAGGAAUUGGUCGGGAUGCUCGGAAUCAAAAUCUACGAAUAUACAGAAAUGUCGAGAUUGUCGAUACAGUUUGUACAAACUCCGGUAUCGUGUACAGCGUUCGCUUUGAUGCCCGUCGUUUGCAUAGAGUCAACUGGGAGAAUUCCAGGAGAUUGAUAUUUGGCGCGUUUCUUUGCCUAUCAAAAGAUAACUUCAAAACGCUUGUAUUCGCCACCAUAACUGACCGCAAAGCAGAGCUUUUGAAAGACGGUUUCCUUCAAGUGAGAUUCCUUGGUGAUCUACCUGAUGUUCAACGUGGUGAUCACUUUCAGAUGGUCGAAUCCCCAGGCUACUACGAAUCUUAUUGUCAUAAUUUGCAAGGAUUGCAAGAGUUGGCUGAUGACAAGAUGCCAUUCAGUAGAUAUUUGGUGAACUGUGAAACAAAUGUCCAUGCACCAAAAUAUGUUGCUCAGCAUUCUGAUCACCAGUUUGAUAUUGAUGGGUAUGAAGUAGCUGACAGACCACCAUCAUCAUCGCCGAGGUUUGUUAUAUAUCCUGUUGCCUGCAUGAUGAAAUUACUUAACUCUGAUUUGUUUUAACCACAAGUUUAUGUGUGUGAAUGUUUGCUACGAAUCCGUAGGUAUAAUGUGUUUAUAGUGCUCACGCCCGUAUUCUAAAAGCACACUCACACUCAAUGAGUGGAGGUUCCAUCUGAGCUUCUCUUGAGUGUUAAUGCUGUUUUUGAAUAGCUGGAGGGCUAGUGUCAUACCUUCUUACUCGGUGACUACUCACCCUCCAGCUAUUCAAAAACAGCAUUGACACUCAAAAGAAGCUCAGAUUGAACCUCCACUCAUUGAGUGUGAGUGCGAGUGAGCUUUUAGAAUACGCCCGUAAGUGUUAUGCUUGUUAUGAUUUUUAACUAUUUUCAAACAAUUUUUCAAGGUACGAUCUUCAGGAAGUGUUAAAAGCCAAAGUGGACGCGCGUCGUGUCAGAAUCCUGGACCCGACAACUUGGCCAAAAGUUGAUGACGUUGAAUUGAACCAAUCACAGCUCGAAGCGAUUCAAGCGGCGCUGACCAAAGAAUUCGUGGUCAUCCAAGGCCCGCCGGGGACUGGGAAGACCUACGUUGGAUUGAAGAUUGUUCAAGCUUUGUUAAAGAAUCAACAAUUUUGGCGUGAGCGACAGGUGGAAGGCGCAGUCAUUGAUCGGCGUCUCGGAGUGGAGGUGAAUUUAAGAAUUAACUCUCCCAUGCUUGUUGUUUGUUACACAAACCAUGCCUUGGAUCAAUUUCUUGAAGGUAAGUGGGGCAUUGAAUCAGUUAAGUCGUCCAACAUGUUGCUCCAACAUUAUCCAACAUUGUUGGUUCUGUUCGAACACUGUAGUUGAUGUUGGCUAAUGCUGGAAGAUGAAAAAGUUUGACUUUCAAAAUUUUCAUUAGUAGUCAAAAUUUUGAUUAGGUAGUAUUCUACAAUAAGCUGUCGUCGUUUGUGUCUGAAGUACCUGAAAAAGAUAUCUCGAACGUGGUGGUCCAGUGUAGAUAGUAUUUUACAAUAAGCUGCCGUGGUUUGUGUGUGAACUACCUGAAAAAGAUAUCUCAAACAUGAUGGUCCACUGUAUAGGUAGUAUUCUACAAUAAGCUGUCGUGGUUUGUGUCUGAACUACCUGAAAAAGAUAUCUCUCAAAACGUAAUGGUCCAGUGUAGGUAGUAUUGUACAAAAAGCUGUCAUGGUUUGUGUCUGAACUACCUGAAAAAGAUAUCUCAAACAUAGUGGUCCAGUGAAUAGGUAGUAUUCUACAAUAAGCUGUCGUGGUUUGUGUCUGAACUACUGGAAAAGAUUAAGUACUCUUCGAAAUUUUGACAAAUGUCAUUAUAGUUUGUGCAUGUUUUUUUGCAGGUAUCCUCAGAUUCAAUGAAGACGGUAUCGUCCGUGUUGGUGGUCGUAGUGACAGCGAACUGUUGAAGGAAUACAAUCUAUGGAAUAAGGCAAGGCGUACUGUUGCUUGGUACAAUGCACAAGAUCUGCUUAGAGUCAUUACGGCCACUAUAGAUGGAGAGAAGAAAUGUCUUGAGAAGGCUCACUACCUGAAUCUUGAGCUUGAAGAUUUGCAUUCUGUCAUAGACGAAAGAGAGAUGAAUCAGAUGUUGCCUUAUGUAUAUGUUGCAGAAUUUUAUGGUACUACUGUACUUCGUGCUUGGCUGAAUAUGGUACCCUUGCCUUUCUAUGCCCAUGAGAAUCCUGGGGGUGUGGAGGGUGAUGUAGGGCUGGAAGGGGAUGAUGGUGAAUUGGAAGGGGAUGAUAAUGGAUCGGAGGAUGGGCAUGAUGAUGGAUCAGAGGAGAAUGAUGAGGGAUUGGAGGAGAAUGAUAUGGAUCAGUUAGGAUCCGAAGGAGUAGCAGAAGAUGAAGGAAACAACGAAGAAGCGACAGUAGACGUGGAAAAAGACGCAGAACGUUUACAAAAUGAGCGGAAACUCGGAGACGACUUUGCUGCUAUUGAACGAGCUGAGGAUGAAGCUAAGAGAGGCAUGACACAAGAUUAUCUCAAUUUUGUCAACCUGAGAGCAAGAAUAGCCGAGCUUGAAGAAGAACAAGGGGAACAGUUUGCCCCACCAGAUCUGAGUCUGUGGCAGCUGGAUUUUAACACACGUCAACAGUUGUACCAACAUUGGGUGAGGCGCUACCAGGAUGCACACGCAAGAACAUUGGAAGAAUUGUACCAAGGAUACGAAGUUGUUUGUGAACAAAUGAAAGAAAUUAAACACGGACAGGAAGAAGACGCCUUACGCCGUGCCACUGUGAUUGGUAUGACAACAACUGGUGCAGCAAAAUAUAGAAAUGUCCUGCAAAAGAUCCAACCGAAAAUCGUUGUCGUUGAAGAAGCGGCUGAGGUGCUGGAAGCUCAUAUCGUAACGGCGUUGUCUCAAGGAGCCGAGCAUUUGAUCUUGAUUGGCGAUCACAAACAGUUGAAACCAAAUCCGAGUGUUUAUACCUUAGCAAAGCAGUACAACCUUGAAGUAUCUUUGUUUGAACGGAUGGUUAGAAAUGGAAUGAAAUGUCACACCUUGGACACCCAGCAUCGUAUGAGACCUGAAAUCGCUCGCCUGAUGAAGUUCAUUUAUGAUGAUCUCAAGAACCACACCAGCGUCGAAAGUUUUGAAGAUAUUUUGGGUGUUGCGAAGAAUAUUUUCUUCAUUGAUCACCAACAACCGGAGAAAAGUGAUGACGAGUUGAAAAGUCACUCAAACGAACACGAAGCGAAAUACAUCGUGGCAUUAUGUCGGUAUCUGUCACGUCAAGGUUACGAUAACUCCAAGAUUACUGUUCUUACGACCUACACCGGACAGUUGUUGCAGUUAAAGCGCUUGAUGCCCAAGACACAGUUCCAGGGAGUUCGGUUGUGCACCGUGGAUAACUUCCAAGGGGAGGAGAAUGAUAUCAUUCUGUUAUCUCUAGUCCGUAGCAACGAGGAGAACAAGAUUGGAUUUCUAGGAAUUUCAAACCGUAUCUGUGUCUCAUUAUCUCGGGCACGUAUGGGAUUCUACUGUAUUGGUAAUAUCACAAUGUUGGCUGGCAAGAGUGAACUGUGGCAGAAGAUUAAAACUGAUCUUGAGCACCAGCAAGCCAUAGGACCUGCUCUACCAACCUACUGUCAGAAUCACAAGAACACCAAAGUCGAGAUGGUUACUGCACAAGAUUUUAAAAAGGCUCCAGAAGGCGGCUGUACCCUCCCGUGUGAUUUCCGCCUGGAUUGCGGGCAUAAAUGUGAGAUGGUGUGCCACCCUGUAGAUCGUGAGCAUAGGGAGUACGUAUGCAGCAAACCCUGUACCAAGGAAGUAUGUUCCCUACAACAUCGCUGUACAAAAAUAUGUCAUCAUGGAGAACCCUGUGGACCUUGCCAAAAGCAAGUUACCAAAACCCUCCAGAAGUGUGGUCAUCUGGUAUCCAUGCCAUGUAGCGAUGAUGUCGAUUCUUUCAAGUGCACCCGACCAUGUGAAAGAAAGCUAGAAUGUGGUCAUCCAUGUCGCAGUCGCUGUGGUGAUGAAUGCAGUGCGAAGAAAUGCAAAGAGAAAGUCGAGAAGACCUUCCCAUGUGGCCAUAAAAAAGCCAUUUCAUGCUCCACUCCGACUGAAAACUACAAAUGUGAAGUUCCUUGUGGAAGCGUCUUAGAGUGUGGUCACACGUGCCAAGGAAAUUGCUACGAUUGUAAACAAGGAAGGAUACACGUGACUUGUCAAAAUCCAUGCGGGCGUACCUUGAUUUGUUCCCAUCCCUGUAAGGAACCUUGCACCAAGGAUUGUCCCCCCUGUCAGCGAGACUGCGAAAACCGUUGUGUCCACAGCGCAUGUCGUAAAAAGUGUGGGGAAUCCUGUGCUCCAUGUCAAGAGCCGUGUACGUGGGAAUGCCAACACAAGAAAGGUAAGAAGACUUGCUGGAAGACUUGCUCGGAGAUUUGUGAUCGUAAGCGAUGCAACGUGAAUUGCCGUGUAAUAUUGCCAUGUAGCAAGGGCAAACAUAAACACAGAUGUGUUGGUCUGUGUGGCGAGAAAUGCCCACGACUCUGUCGUUACUGCAAUAGAAAAGAGCUCACUGAAAUCUUCUUUGGAACUGAAGAUACUCCCGGUGCAAGAUUUAUUGAACUCUUGGAUUGUGGCCAUGUGUUCGAAGUAGAAGCUCUCGACCAGUGGAUGGCACUUGAAGAGGAAGAUGCGAGCAACGUUCAACUGAAGACUUGCCCGAAGUGUAAAACCCCGAUAAGAAAGAGUCUUCGUUAUGGCAACGUGAUCAAGAAGGUUCUGCACGAUAUCGAAACCAUCAAGGAGAGAGUUAGGCAAAAUGGCGAAGACGGCAGGAAAAAGACGGCGGAAUUGAAUAGCAAGUUGAGUGAAUUACGUUCGAAGUAUCCGCUGGUUAUGAAAGCAAUCGAUGGUAACGAGGAAAUUAUCGAAAGCACCAGAAGACGUUACUUGCGUAUGGCGCAUUUACAACAGACGCAUUUGCCACAGACGAAUUCAUUGUACUCCACUAUAGUAUCCAAAAUUGACUCCAGCAACAAUCAAGAACUGGACAUCCUCAUAUGUCAAAUGCAACUCCUACCCUCUAUCUAUGAAAUUAAAACGAAGUUCUUGGAACGCAUGCAAAGCAGUGCAGAACAUGAUCAACUUCGCCAAGAGUUGACAGAGUUGGAAACGUCGCUGAUGAACCGCACGAAAUUUACCAACCAACUGAUGUCGGAUAUUGAUCAAGAAAUCCAACGCAUUGCUCUGGCUUGUAAGUUGAAAAUUGUCCAACAAGAUAUCGUCAAAGAAGGGAAGUCUGUUCCACAUGAGAUGCAGUUAAAGAUCGAUGCUAUCUCAGCGCUGUUUGAAUCCACGAGUAAGAUCAAGGAUGAAGUGCGAGAAACCGCCAUCAAAGAUUUGGAUCAGAUUUGUAAAGAUCUGGAUCUAGGAGCCGUUACCGCAAAGGAAAGAGCUGAAAUUGUGAAAGCUAUUGGUUUAACCAAAGGUCAUUGGUUUAAAUGUCGUAACGGUCAUAUUUACGCUAUUGGGGACUGUGGUGGGGCAAUGGAGAGGGGUGAAUGCCCGGAGUGUCAUGAAAUUAUAGGAGGGGCAAAUCACGCGCUAGCAGUGGGUAACGAGCUUGCCCCUGAGAUGGACGGUGCGGCUCACCCAGCUUGGUCGAAUCAAACAAAUCUCGGGAAUUAUGACCAAGAUGAACUAAGACGACUACAGUUCUUUUAAAGAACGCGAGAUGAGGUACUAUAUG